AUGACAACCUCUGUGUUUAAUGAACAACAAUUUGAAAAUAAACUUAUAACUUUGAAAGAUUCACAAGAAGCUAUUAAUAAUUUAUCUUCUUGGUGUCUUCAAAACAGAGAUCACCACAAAAAAAUAGUGAAUUGUUGGUUACAUUGUUUAAAAAGAGUCAAAAUUGAGCAAAGACUGUCUUUAUUUUAUUUGGCUAAUGAUGUCAUUCAAUACAGUAAACGAAAACAUUAUCAGUUUGUUGAAAGUUGGGGUACAGCAUUACAAAAAGCCACCACUCUAGUCAGAGAUGAUAAAGUUAAAUCAAGAAUAAUGAGGAUAUUUAAAAUUUGGGAUGAAAGAGGAGUUUAUGAUGAAGCUUUUAUAUCUGAUUUAUGUGGGCUUUUGACCACUAGUGUUAAAAAAAAAACAGAAGCAAAUUUAGAUUCUUCAGAGUUUCAGCCAUCAAUAUUAAUUUCCAAAAUAAAGGAAUGCAAAGUUUUAGAAAAUGAUACAGAAAUUAGGUUCAAAAAAGUAAAAGAAAAUUCAUUGCAUUUAUUCGAUGUAGACAACAUGAGAACAUCUUUAAAAGAUCGUAGACAUGGCUCUGAUGUAGUUGCUGAAGUUGAUGCAGAAGCAUAUCGCAAUUUCGGAAACAAAGUGAAAAUAUUGAAAAGAAAACUUGAUGAUUUAAUACCAACAUUAACUGACAGUCCAAUACCAUCUCCUGACGCAAAUGCUCCAUCUCCUUCUCCAGAUUCUGAUUUUGAACUACCUUUAAAUGAAAAAACGAAACAAUCAACAAAUUAUGAAAAGAAAACAAAUUUUUCUGAAAAUAAUGGUUUAGACUUUUCUUUUAUUAAUAGUACAUUUAUGGGAAACUCACAAUUUUCAGAUAUUAAUUUACAGAGAGAUAUAUUUAACGACUCAAUGAAUUCUGCUCAAGUUUCAAAUUCCAUGUCUGGUAGCAAUCACGUUUCAUUGAAUGAAAAUGCUGUGAGACCAAUCGAAGUAAUUAGCACUCGAGAACAAAAGGAAGAUGUAAGUUUUAAUAUUACAGACUUUUUAAAAUCGCUCUUGCCUUCGGGGAUUUCCAAGUCGGAAGAAACUUCGGAUCCUUUGAGGUCUCAACAACCAGCGUUGGAACCAUUGCAACCGCCUCCGAUGCCUCCCAUAUUUACCACCAACGAUGCUUUUUCGGUUAACUGGAAAUCUGAUUGGGGACAAGCACAAAAUUCUGAUGUGGGAAAUUGGAAUCAUGAACCUUCUUCACAAGACUGGAACUUGUCAUCGCAAGUUCAAAAUUCUUGGAUUGAUGAAUCCGCAUCGGUUUUAAACGCGGAUACCCCCGAAUCUCCUCCUUUAUAUGAAAAAAAAGGAAUAAGUCAGCCUGUGGAAUAUGAUGACUCUUUACCAACUGGAUCCAUUGUAGACGUCGAUCAUAGAACAUUAUUUCCCGUUCCGGAAAUUCAGGAUAUGGAUCACAGAAUCGAAGUCUCCCAUCGUAUUGAUGUCGAUCAUAGAAAACUCAAUAAGCUCGGUCCCAAAGAUGUCGAUCACAGAAAUUUAAUUAGUUUGACAGGGUCGCCCAAAAACGAAACAAAACCGUUACCGCCUCCUCCAGCUUUCGUGUGGCCAGAGGAUCAGGAUUAUAGAUGUAAACUUACUGAUACUGAUUUUAGAGUUCCUCACAGGUCUAAUAAUUUCAGUGACGUAUUAAACUCAAAUUUUAACCUGUCUCGUUCCCCUAUGAAAGUAACAAACGUUGAGGCUCCCGAGCGAAAAGAUGUUAAUGUAGAAAGUAUAGACAUGGAUGUCAGUGAGGAAGAUGAAGAAGAGUCUAGUGGUUUAAUACAGUUAGAAGAAGACGUGGACGAUAGGAUAGUCAGUUCGAUGAAGUCCUCUUUUCUUAAUCAACCUAGUUUAAAUAACUUUAAUACAUCUUCUAGUUUUAUGGACAAUGUAGGAUCGACUAUUCCUCCGAAUGAGGACGUCGAUGAAAGACUGAAAUCUAUUUUCGGUGGAGUUCUUCAACGUGCGGGAGGUAAAUUAGUCUCUCGCGAGGAAAAAUCUGCGGAAAGUAAAGGAUCAUGUGUUUUAACUGAAAUUCGGGAUAAUAAAAGUGGAAGUGAAAUAAUGGGGCAAGAAAGUCAUUUGCAAGGAGGAAUCGAACCCAACGGCGUCGAAAGCGACUUUACGGAUCAUAAUGAAUAUUUUAGAAGGGAAUCGAUGUGGCAGCCCGAGAGUCAAUCGGAACCCGCGGUUCAUCCUUGUCCGACCAACGUUCACCUCAGAGGAAUGAGUUUCGGCGUGAGAAUGGGGCGUAAUUCUCCUCGUCCGCUUCGAGUGAGGCCUCAACACAGAUUUCCUUUCAGGCCUCAUCAUCCGAGAGCUGAAGGAAUAAGAGGACGGCAGUCAUUCAGUCCGAGACUUCCACCACCCGUACGAGGAGGUAGAUGGUGA